UGGGGUUGAAGGAAAAAAACCGGACUGGGUAGAUCGCUCUUUGUUUCUGGCUACAAGGAAAACCAAGACACUCUACGACCGGCGAAAACCCAAAUACCAUCCCUUCUGGGAACUUGUUGCUGCUACACGCUCAACGUUUCUCCUGAGAGAUGUCCACCCCUGACCCUCCGAUGGGAGGGACACCUCGGCCCGGUCCCUCUCCAGGCCCAGGUCCAUCUCCAGGAGGCAUGAUGGGCCCCAGCCCUGGUCCCUCACCAGGCUCGGCCCACAGCAUGAUGGGGCCCAGUCCAGGACCUCCAGGAUCUGGACACCCCCACCCUCCACAGGGACCCUCAGGAUAUCCUCAGGACAACAUGCAUCAAAUGCACAAACCCAUGGACUCCAUGCAUGAGAAGGGAAUGCCUGAUGACCCUCGCUAUGGACAGAUGAAAGGAAUGGGCAUGAGGCCAGGGGGACACAGUGGAAUGGGGCCCCCUCCAAGUCCAAUGGAUCAACACUCCCAAGGAUACCCGUCUCCUUUGGGAGGUUCAGAACACGCCCCCAGUCCAGUUCCAGCCAACGGUCCUCCCUCUGGCCCCGGCACAGGCCCUAUGGAGGUUAGUGGGGACCCAAAUCAGGGUAUUGGCCAACCAAACCGUGGUGGUCCUCAGGGUCCAGGUGGCCCACCAGUUCAAGGAGGUGGACCAGGUGGGGCUGGUGGACCCACGCCUUUUAACCAGAACCAGCUGCACCAACUCAGGGCCCAGAUUAUGGCCUAUAAGAUGCUGGCACGCAGUCAGCCUCUUCCAGAGCACCUGCAGAUGGCCGUUCAGGGGAAGAGGCCCAUGCCUAAUAUGCCACCAUCUGCAGGACCUGGAGCUGGCCCAACUACUGGACCUGGACCAGCUCAGGCCAAUUACAGCAGACCACAUGGUGUAGUAGGUCCCAAUAUGGUGCCCCCUGGACCUGCAGGAGGUCCUCCUGGUAUGCAAGGCCAGCAUGCCAAUGGGCCUCCCAAACCAUGGCCUGAAGGACCAAUGGUGAACGCUGCUGCCCCGUCCAACCCUCCUCAGAAGUUGGUUCCCCCUCAGCCCACCGGUAGACCCUCCCCUGCUCCCCCCUCUGUGCCCCCAGCCGCCUCCCCGGUAAUGCCCCCUCAGACGCAGUCCCCGGGGCAGCCCGCACAGCUCCCCACCAUGAUGCUGCACCAGAAGCAAAACCGCAUAACRCCUAUCCAAAAACCCCGCGGGCUGGACCCAGUGGAGAUCCUGCAGGAGCGAGAGUUCAGGCUGCAGGCUCGUAUCGUUCACCGCGUACAGGAGCUGGAAAACCUGCCAGGCUCAUUAGCUGUGGAUCUGCGCACCAAGGCCUCCAUCGAGCUCAAAGCUCUGAGGCUGCUCACCUUCCAGAGACAGCUGCGUCAGGAGGUGGUGGCUUGCAUGCGUCGGGAUACUGCUUUGGAAACCGCCCUGAACGCUAAAGCCUACAAACGCAGCAAACGCCAGUCUCUACGUGAGGCUCGCAUUACUGAGAAACUUGAAAAACAACAAAAGAUUGAACAAGAGCGCAAACGUCGACAGAAACACCAGGAAUACCUCAACAGCAUUCUGCAGCAUGCCAAGGACUUUAAGGAGUACCACCGUUCCAUCACAGCAAAGAUCCAGAAGGCCACCAAAGCUGUCGCCACCUAUCAUGCAAACACAGAGCGCGAGCAGAAGAAGGAGAACGAGCGCAUUGAAAAGGAGAGAAUGCGGAGGUUGAUGGCUGAAGAUGAGGAAGGUUAUCGUAAACUUAUCGACCAGAAGAAAGACAAGCGUCUGGCCUAUCUGCUGCAGCAGACAGAUGAAUAUGUGGCUAACCUCACAGAGUUGGUGCGUGCCCACAAAGCCGCUCAAGCUCUCAAGGAGAAGAAGAAGAAGAAAAAGAAGAAGCCAGAGACUGCAGAGGGUGGGGCUCCUGCUAUUGGACCUGAUGGAGAGCCUUUAGAUGAGACCAGCCAGAUGAGUGACCUUCCUGUUAAAGUCAUCCAUGUGGACAGUGGAAAGAUCCUGACAGGUGUCGAUGCACCUAAAGCUGGCCAGCUGGAGACGUGGCUUGAAAUGAACCCGGGGUAUGAGGUAGCACCUCGUUCAGAUAGUGAAGACAGUGGUUCAGAUGAAGAGGAGGAUGACGUGGAGGAGGAAGGAGAGGAUCAGCCUCAUCAUGCUUCAUCUGACGAGAAGAAAAAGAUUCCAGACCCUGACAGCGAAGACGUCUCAGAAGUGGAUGUUCAACACAUCAUCGAACACGCCAAACAGGAUGUAGACGAUGAGUACGGCAGUGCGAGUUUCAACCGAGGCCUGCAGUCCUACUACGCUGUGGCUCAUGCUGUUACUGAAAAAGUGGACAAACAGUCAUCACUCUUGGUCAACGGACAACUCAAGCAAUAUCAGAUUAAAGGUCUGGAGUGGCUGGUGUCACUUUACAACAACAACUUAAACGGAAUCCUGGCUGAUGAGAUGGGUCUGGGAAAAACCAUCCAGACCAUCGCCCUCAUCACUUACCUCAUGGAGUUAAAGCGCAUCAACGGGCCCUUCCUCAUCAUCGUACCUCUGUCGACUUUAUCAAACUGGGUGUAUGAGUUUGAUAAAUGGGCACCGUCUGUUGUGAAGGUCUCCUACAAGGGAUCUCCAGCCGCUCGUCGUUCAUUUCUUCCAAUUUUACGAAGCGGCAAGUUCAACGUGCUGCUCACCACGUACGAGUACAUUAUUAAAGAUAAACAAGUGUUGGCAAAGAUUCGUUGGAAGUACAUGAUCGUGGACGAGGGUCACCGUAUGAAGAACCACCACUGUAAGCUGACUCAGGUCUUAAACACGCACUACUUGGCCCCCCGGCGCUUGCUGCUCACAGGAACCCCCCUGCAGAACAAGCUGCCGGAGCUCUGGGCGCUGCUCAACUUCCUCCUGCCCACCAUCUUCAAGAGCUGCAGCACCUUCGAGCAGUGGUUCAACGCUCCCUUCGCCAUGACCGGAGAAAAGGUUGACCUGAAUGAAGAAGAGACCAUUCUGAUCAUUCGACGUUUACACAAAGUGCUUCGACCAUUUUUGCUGCGCAGACUCAAGAAGGAAGUGGAAGCCCAGCUGCCGGAGAAGGUGGAGUAUGUGAUCAAGUGCGACAUGUCGGCCCUGCAGAGGGUUCUGUACCGGCACAUGCAGGCUAAAGGAGUCCUGCUAACAGAUGGAUCAGAAAAAGACAAAAAGGGUAAAGGAGGCACAAAGACCCUGAUGAACACCAUCAUGCAGCUGAGGAAGAUCUGCAACCACCCCUACAUGUUCCAGCACAUCGAAGAGUCCUUUUCUGAGCAUCUUGGUUAUUCUGGAGGAAUUGUGACUGGCCCAGACCUGUUUCGCGCUUCUGGAAAGUUUGAGCUGCUGGAUCGGAUCCUGCCCAAGCUGAGAGCCACCAAACACAAAGUGCUGCUUUUCUGUCAGAUGACCACCCUCAUGACCAUCAUGGAGGACUACUUUGCUUACCGCAACUUCAAGUACCUACGUCUGGACGGAACCACCAAAGCUGAGGAUCGUGGCAUGCUUCUGAAGACGUUCAAUGACCCRGCCUCUGAGUACUUUGUGUUCCUGCUCAGCACCAGGGCAGGAGGUCUGGGCCUGAACCUGCAGUCUGCUGAUACCGUCAUCAUCUUUGACAGUGACUGGAACCCUCACCAGGACCUGCAGGCUCAGGACAGAGCCCACCGAAUCGGUCAGCAGAACGAGGUGCGGGUGCUCCGCCUCUGCACCGUCAACAGCGUGGAGGAGAAGAUCCUGGCAGCGGCCAAGUACAAACUGAACGUGGACCAGAAGGUCAUCCAGGCGGGCAUGUUCGACCAAAAGUCCUCAGGCUACGAGCGCCGGGCCUUCUUACAGGCCAUUCUGGAGCAUGAGGAGCAGGACGAGGAGGAAGAUGAGGUGCCUGAUGAUGAGACUGUCAAUCAGAUGAUUGCCAGAAGUGAAGAUGAAUUUGAACUGUUCAUGCGUAUGGACCUCGACAGACGCCGUGAGGAAGCCCGCAACCCUAAGAGGAAACCUCGCCUGAUGGAAGAAGACGAUAUGCCGAGCUGGAUUUUAAAAGACGACGCCGAAGUUGAGAGGCUAACCUGCGAGGAGGAGGAGGAGAAGAUGUUCGGCCGGGGGUCCCGUCAGAGGAAAGAGGUGGACUACAGCGACUCGCUGACAGAGAAGCAGUGGCUCAAGGCCAUAGAAGAAGGCAAUCUGGAGGACAUCGAGGAGGAAGUUCGCCACAAAAAGACCACCAGAAAACGAAAGCGAGACCGCGACCUUGACGGCGGCCCCAUAACGCCCAGCUCCAGCAGCAACCGCGGACGAGACAAAGACGACGACGGGAAGAAAGCAAAGAAACGUGGUCGUCCGCCUGCUGAGAAGCUCUCUCCCAACCCCCCAUCCCUCACCAAGAAGAUGAAGAAGAUUGUAGAUGCUGUCGUCAAAUACAAGGAUGGGAACGGUCGACAGCUGAGCGAGGUCUUCAUCCAGCUGCCGUCUCGUAAGGAGCUGCCAGAGUACUACGAGCUGAUCCGCAAACCAGUGGACUUCAGGAAGAUCAAGGAGAGAAUCCGCAGCCACAAAUACCGCAGCCUGAAUGACCUGGAGAAGGAUGUGAUGUUGCUCUGUCAGAACGCCCAGACUUUUAAUUUGGAGGGCUCUCUGAUCUACGAGGACUCCAUCGUGCUCCAGUCCGUUUUCACCAGCGUGAGGCAGAAGAUCGAAAAGGACGACGAAAGCGAGGGAGAGGAGAGCGAGGAAGAGGAGGAGGAGGUCGACGAAGGCUCAGAGUCUGAACCUCGUUCGGUGAAGGUGAAGAUCAAAUUGAGCCGGAAGGAGAAGGGCGAGCGAGGGGGCAAAGGUCAGAGGCGGCGAGGCCGCGGCUCCCGGGCCAAACCUGUGGUCAGUGACGACGACAGCGAGGAUGAACAGGAGGAGGACCGUUCAGCCAGCGGCAGUGAGGAGGACUGAAGUGGACCAGCUGGACUUCACUUCAUAUAAUUAGAUACAGCAGGGAGAGAGACCGGGCGAGGGCCUAGUUUCACCUAGAUGAGCUGAUUUUUAGUGAGACGGUUGUCUUGUCAUUAAAAUAGGCCUUUAAUUAAAAAAAUAAUAAUGAAAGCAAUGCUUCAUUUUUUCAUAUUUAAAUGAAUUCUCAUAAAUAAUGUCUUUUUGCUUUCUCUUCUAAGUGGACCAUUGACAGAGUCUAAAUUAAAUUGGACUGAUYGCGGACCAUCAAAACAGUUUUUCUUUCUUUUGUUUUCCUUCUUUUUUUUCUGCUUUUAUACUUUGAGACCAGCAUUCCUCUGAAUCCCUUCUGAAUGCAUGUCAUUGUGUCUUUAUGAUUAUCUGUUUUAAUUUAAUGACUACAAAUGGAAUCAUGGUACAUCCCACCCUGCAGCCCCUCCCCCUCAGGUCAUAUAUGUAAAAGGGGAGGGAGGGAUGAGACCUUUUUUCUCGUGUCAGUGUCACUGGAUUCCAUACAACACAAUAAAACAUCUCAUGAUUCA